UAUAUAAUGAUCUAUCAUCAAUUAACCAUAAAAAAAAAAAAUCUCUUCAUCAGUGAAAACCAACCCUCUUUACUUUAUCAUUUUGCUCUGCUAGUGCUUCAUUCACUCUUCUACUCAUAUUUUGCAUCAUGGCAUUCAGGUCUUCGAGUUUGUGGAAAUCUGUGGCUAUUCGUGUUACCGCAGAUUCUGCUUUUGCAAAAUCAAAUGGGACCAAAUGGAGGUCAUAUGCCAGUACUGCUGAGCAUCCAGACGCCAAGCCCAGGGGAUUCAUGAAAGGAGAUUUCGUUCCAGUGUACGUGGCACUUGGACUAAUAGCGCUAUCGAUGGGUUUUGGAUUACAGACAGCGAUGCAUCAGCUGAAGCGGGCGCCGAACGUGUCCUUGAAGAAAUCAAGGAGGGAAACUGUACCAGAAGUCACCGAACCGGAGGAGGUUGUGGAUGAUUCAGAAAAGUUCUUAAAGAAAUCUUUCUUUCGAAAGGUGGCUCAUGUUCAGGAUUUUGAUGAUCAGUCUGUCAUGUCUGAUCCCAUCCGUGGGGAUGUUCUAGCGAGGGAACCUCACACUGAGACAUUGCAAUCUGUUGGAGUGAAUCCGAAUGCAUAAUUGCUUGUAGCAAGCUUUAUGCAUUUUGGAUCCAAGAUUUGCAAUUGGGGAGUACUUUGAAGGUGCAAGGAUGGCGACGUUUUCUCCAUGCUUUUUGAAGAGAUGUAUAUAUAGCGUUGCAUUAAUAAAUGAAAUGCCGAUAUGUAUGUAUUUCCAGCUAAUUAUGUUAAAAGAGUUGAACAAGCAGCAGUUGUAUGUUUUCGGUUAAUCAAUGAUCUUAUGUUGGCUUUGGCCUUUGAAAUUCUAGAAACAGGGCUAGAUAGCAAGUUUUGGGUUGAAUUUGUAAAGUCUAAAAGAAGAAUGAACCUUCAAUAAUUGUAUUUUGCUUGCUUCAAUAAAAUGGAUCCAUCUCUUUUGACCAGUA